AAUAGCACAUGACUAGGUGAUGCAUUAUUGCACUAUUGGUAGUAAUGCAAAUUAAUUAGGUAUCGAAAGAGCAUUAUUGAAAUAAAUACACCUCUUGAUUCUUUUUGUAAAGAUUGAAUCGAGUUUCAGAAGUGAAGUGUCAUUAUUAGAAAGCUGUGCAGUCAAUUCGAACAGAUUGAAAUCCCAACUUGUACAACAAAAACGAGAUAUCAGCAGUCGCAGAGAAAUCGUUGGUUCAAGUCAGAAUCUGCUUCCACAUCAAGCAAUCAUUAUGGAAGAAAUGAAACUUCGUAAAUUUCUACAAGAUGCAAAAAUCCCAGAAGAUGACGCGGAGGUGUACCUAUCAUUAUUCAUACAGAAUAACCUCGAUGAAUCGCAUAUAGCCAAUUUAAAAGAAGAACAACUCAUUGAAAUGGGCAUUAAGAAUAUAGCUCACAUCAAUCGCAUUUUGAACGAAGCGAAGAAGCAAGAAACGGCAUCAAACGAUGACAUUCAACGAUUAAGAGAAGAAGUUCAGGCUUCAGGAAAAAGAAUUCUGCAUGUAGAAGAAAGACUACAGCGUUUACAAGAAGAAGUUCGGCAUAGUGGAGAAAGACUUCAGCGUUUAGAUGAAGAAGUUCAGCAUAAUGGAGAAGGAAUUCAGCAUGUAAGAGAAGCAAUUCAAUAUAAUGAGGAAAUAAUUCAGCAUCUAAAAGAAGAAAUGCAGUAUAAUAGAAAAAGAAUUCAGCAUCUAAUAAAAGCAAUUCAGCAUAGGCUAAUGGAGAAAGAAUUCAGCAUCUAAAAGAAGCAACUCAGCAUUUAAGAGAAAAUAUGUACAUUGAUUUUUAUUUUUAAUAAUUAAUUAAGUAGGUACCUAUUAGGACAUUUUUUUCAGAAAUAGAUAUUUAGAUUUAUUGAGAAAUUAAGACUUAGUAUUAGCAAUCAUCAUCGGAGGAGCGGACUUGAAAUAAACAAUGAAUAUUUUCCUUAGGUACGAAGAUUUGACGUAACUUAUUGUAAACAGCCAAGGCCAACCUAAAAGUUAUUUGACCAAUUCUUAGAAAAUUUGUAUGAGGUGAAAUGUUCAAGUUCAUAUAAUCAAUUAAUCAUACUCCAUCUGGAUAAAAUAUUUCUAAUUUAAUGGGCUUGAAUACAUUGUAGAAAUAUCUUUACUAGUGUGGAGAAAAGAAGCAUGAUUAAAAUGUGAAAAUCUAGAAACAGUUGUAAGAUACCUACAGGUAAUUCUGGAGGAAUAUGCUCAACUGAUGUAAAAAUUAUUCAUGAGGAGUGUGGAUUUUUUAGUACCUAGUACCUACAUAUUGUCAUCGUAAAACCCUGCGUUUUAUUCAAAUGUUUGAUUUUGAUUUUCUUUCUUGUAAUUUGUGCUCAGCUUACGUUUAUCGUUGUACAUAUAUAGAUUGGCUAUAGGUAAGUGGCUCAUCUUUAGUUUUAAUUUCUGAAAUAUUUCGAGCUUCGGUUUCGUGAGCACGAAGGCGUUCAAUGUGAAUUCUUUGGCAUAAUAAUUCGUAUCUACCUACUGGUAAAACUUCUAUCUUUAAAUACCUAUUGUAAUCUUUUAAUUUCAUUAAAUUAAAAAAAA